AUGCAGGGUCGCAAACGUGGUGCAGGUGUUGCACAAACACCAUACAGAUUCGAUUACUACACAACUGAUGAAUUCAAUAACAAGAAGUUGCUGUCUGCGAUCGGAAGUCUUGUUGUGUUCAUAGCCUACUUUGCGGAACCAUCAGACUUGGACGAGAUCUGGACCACUCCUCCUCAUGUUUUGACUGCAAAUUUCCAAAGAAAGAUGCUUCGUGAGCAAAUUAAACAGGCUGAAGCGAAAGGUCAAGACACGACUCUUUUGAGAGCAGAAUUGGACUAUGUUGACGUCAAAGAGGCAGCUCUUCAGAUACAAUUUCAACAGCAAGAUAGAAAAAAACGGGCUUGA